AUGGGGGAGGGAAUCAAAGGUUUCUCGCUAAGUUCAUCGGAUCCGGUUAUCAUAAUUGGAGCAGGGUGUACAGGCCUUGCUAUCGCACAGGGCCUCAACAAAGCAGGAAUAGGAACAAUUGUAUUUGAAAAAAAUGUCGCUCCUUCAAUUCCUAAACAACGAGAUUGGAAUAUGGGAAUUCAUUGGGGAAUGAAAAACUUGAAAUCCCUGAUGCCCGAAUCUGCCCUCCCCAAGCUACAAUCUUGUCAAGUCGAUCCACACACACCUACAAAACCCCUCGAUACUCUAUCGUUCCUUAAUGGUAAGACAGGAGAGGUUAUGUUCGCACCGGAGGUUCCAUACUUCCAUCGACUGCGACGGUCUAAACUACGCGCGCUUUUGACUCAAGAGCUCGACAUUAGAUGGAAUAAACGAUUGAAAAACAUCAUAUAUGAACAUGAUGAGAAAAGUGUAACAUGUGUCUUCGAGGAUGGCCAACACAUAACAGGCAGAUUGGUAAUUGGCGCAGAUGGUUCAAGAUCAAUGGUUAGGAGACUACUCCUUGGACCAGAACAUUCGUUGAAUACACGACUUCCAUAUGCGGCUACAUUUGUGCAGGCAAGAUAUACUCGAGAACAAGCUCUCUUCCUACGUUCAUUUCACCCUCUGUUCCUUGCUGCACCUCAUCCCGAUAACAUUUUUGCAUUCUUUGGUUUGCAAGAUGCGCCGGAUCCGGAGAAGCCGGAAAGUUGGACCUUCUUUUUCUAUAUCUCUUGGAAUUCGAGUAUCGACAUGCAAGAUGCAGAAGCCAAGGUUUUCGAUGAUGCGGCAAGAUUGAGGCAGGUGAGGGAGAUGGGGAAGCGGUAUGCGGAGCCUUGGAAAAGCGCUUUCGAAUGGUUACCCGAAUAUCAACCAGUUUGGUAUUUUGGUCUUGCUGUGUGGGAUCCGAGGGAGGAAACUCAUCAAUGGAAUAAUAGAAAUGGAAGAGUAACGUUGGCUGGUGAUGCUGCUCAUCCAAUGACUUAUCAACGAGGUCAAGGUCUCAACCAUUCGAUCACUGACGCGGGCAACCUGGUCGAAUUCCUCAAAAUGGAUACCCAUCAAAGCUCUGCAAUUGAUAACUACGAAGAAGAAAUGAUCAAUCGUGCCGGCGAGGAAGUUCAUCUCAGUAUCAUUAACACAACUAUGUUACAUGACUGGUCGAAGGUCAUCGAAAGUCCCGUUUUUAAAAGUGCUUUGACCAAGCAAUCGUGA